AUGUGGGUGCGGCGCCUUGAAGUAAGGGGAGAUUCGAACCUAGCAAUCUCCCAAGUCAACGGCGAAUUCGACGCCAAAGACCCCAAAAUGGCAGCAUACAGAAAUCCAGUCCUCCGGAUAUCGGCCCGGUUCAAGGGCCUAGAAUUCCACCAUGUCUCUAGAGACAACAAUCAAGCCGCGGACGUCCUCGCCCACAUGGGCGCCAAGCGCGACCCGGUUCCCAAAAAUACUUUCCUCGAGCGGCUCUUCAAGCCCUCCUUAGUAUGGCGGGAUGAUGUGUCCGGUGCACUAAUCAAUGAGCCCGCUCACAAUGUUCCCCCGGAAGACGAACCUGAUGAUCACAUCAUCGAUGGCUCAACACUCGAGGAAACACCUUCCGCCCAUUAA